GGACGGUGGCUUCACAAGCCAGGAAAGCGUAUCCGGGUCAGACUUUCGUAAAAAUGUGUUAAAAUCGCAACCCUUUUCCAAAAUUUGUGGUCGUUUCCCUUUCAGAAAAAUGUUUGUUGGUGGACUGAGCUGGGAUACCAGCAAGAAAGAUUUAAAGGAUUACUUUACUAAGUUUGGAGAGGUCGUUGACUGUACAAUUAAAAUGGAUCCAAACACUGGGCGAUCAAGAGGGUUUGGGUUUAUCCUUUUUAAAGAUUCUUCGAGUGUGGAGAAGGUCUUAGACCAGAAGGAACACAGGCUGGAUGGUCGUGUCAUUGACCCUAAAAAGGCUAUGGCUAUGAAGAAGGAUCCUGUUAAGAAAAUCUUUGUGGGCGGUCUGAAUCCUGAAGCCACAGAAGAAAAGAUCAGAGAAUACUUUGGCCAGUUUGGGGAGAUCGAAGCCAUUGAACUUCCAAUAGAUCCCAAGUUGAACAAAAGACGGGGUUUUGUUUUUAUUACAUUUAAAGAGGAAGACCCCGUGAAGAAAGUUCUGGAGAAAAAGUUUCAUACUGUCAGUGGAAGCAAGUGUGAAAUCAAGGUUGCCCAGCCCAAAGAGGUCUAUCAGCAACAGCAGUAUGGCUCUGGGGGCCGAGGAAACCGCAAUCGAGGGAACCGAGGCAGUGGUGGAGGUGGAGGUCAGAGUCAGAGUUGGAAUCAGGGCUACGGGAACUACUGGAACCAGGGCUACGGCUACCAGCAGGGCUACGGGCCUGGCUAUGGCGGCUACGACUACUCGCCCUAUGGCUAUUACGGCUACGGCCCCGGCUACGACUACAGUCAGGGUAGUACAAAUUACGGGAAGAGCCAGCGACGUGGUGGCCAUCAGAAUAACUACAAGCCAUACUGAAAAGCAGCAGGAGCGGCCGACAGACGACCGCACACGCUUUGUUUGGACGCGGAGUGAACACAAUUAUGUACCAAAUUUAACUUGGCAAACUUUUAUGGCCUGUCCCAUGUGCAUCUUAUUUAAAAUUUCCCCCAGAAAUCACUCUCCUGUUUGCUAUUCCAGAGCUCUAGUUGUAGGCAGCGUGUGGCGUCUCAAGAGGCCAGAGUGGCAUUAGGGGGCUGAUUUUAUUACCAGGUUACCCUGUACUAGAUUGGAGGGUCUCUUUCCUGCUGUCGCUCUGCAGCCUGGACCUGUGGACCCUGGUUGUAAAGAGUAAACUGUAUCUUAGGAAACCAGUGUCACCUUUUUCACCUUUUAAUUUUAUAUUAUUUGUGUCAUACAUUUCCAGUAAUGGAAGUGUUAAUUUUACUGUACUUUUUGGUACCUUUUGGGAAUCUAAUGUAUUGUAAGGUAUUUUACACGUGUCCUGAUUUUGCCACGACCUGGAUAUUGAAGCUAUCCAAGCUUUUGAAAUAAAAAUUAAAAAACCCCCA